AACAAAAUAGUUUCAACAGCUUCACACAAAGGUAAUUUUGUUAAAAGUGGCCAAUAUUAGUUGAGGUUUUUUUCACAUUGUGCAAAUAAAAGUUAAUAAACAGGUUGAAUAACUGUAUGCAGCCUCAUUAGUCGUAUAGUUUUUGGUGCAAAUAGCAAUAGUAGACUGCUGCAUUAGACAUUACAUUUUUUUGUGCAUAUUGCAAAUACCAUCUGGAUCACUCUGAGUGAGACUGUAGACCUUAUUUGAUUAGACUUACUUUUUCCAUUUUGAAUUCAUUCUUUUUAUUUUAUUACACCACUUGCAAGUAGCUGCAUAAGUAAAGAUUCACUUACACUUUUAAAAUAUCAGAUUUUGCUACAGUUUGGGGGAAAAAAAAACAGUCAUUUUCAUUAUCCUGAAACACAUACAGUGUGCUUUUGUGUCUCUAGGUGGGUUGUAAUAUACAAUCCAGGGCCAAAUGCAUUUUCCAUGCACAAUGACCGCCUACAGAGGGUUUCACCUGCGGAGGUGUCUGCUAUCCCUCGGGUCUCUGUUGCUUCUGUUGGCCUGUGUGUCGCCGGUUGGGGGCACCUGUCCCACGACGUGCGUGUGCUCCGUGCCCACGGAAGUACACUGCACCUUUCGAUACCUGAGCGCAGUGCCUGCCCAGAUCCAGCCAUCUGUGGAAAGAAUUAACCUUGGCUAUAACAGUAUAACUGUCUUGCGAGAGAAUGCUCUUUUGUUGCUGGACAAAUUAAAAAUACUGAUGCUACACAGCAAUCUAAUCCACAGCAUUCAGGACAGAGCAUUUCAGGAUCUACGAUCAUUACAGGUCCUCAAGAUGUCUUAUAAUAAAGUGAAGGAACUCAACAGGGAAACAUUCAAAGGCUUGGAAAGCUUGGAGCGACUCUACAUGGACCACAACUACAUUAGUUUCAUCACCCCAGACGCUUUCUAUGGCCUAACCAAUCUGCAGCUGGUGCAUCUAGAAGGCAACCACCUGCAACAACUCCACCCAGACACCUUCAUCACCCUAAGACACAGCCAGGUGUUUAAGGUGUCCUCGGUGAGGACCAUCCACCUGUCCGACAACAUCCUCACAAUCCUGCCUGAGGACAUUUUCUCUGGCUGCAGCCACCUGGAGAACCUAUUCCUCCAUGGGAACCGCUGGGCAUGUGAUUGUCGUAUGAAGUGGCUCUCAUUAUGGAUGCAGAAGCACACAGGGGUGCUAAAAUGUAAACGGGACAGGAAAUAUCCUAGAGGCCAGCUGUGUCCUGUUUGUGACAAUCCAACCCUUUACAAGAGGACUCUCCUCUCCGUUCUUCCUAGUGAUGCUUUCACUUGUAUAAAACCCUCAAUUCAGCCCCAUCUAAAGCCGAAAAACAUCAGUUUUGAUGAAGGCGAUUUCACUCCACUUUCCCCAAGGGACUUUAUUGCCCCACUAGGUUCCAUACAAAUGAACCUCACAGAUCAAUUUCACAACGAUGCCAGCCUGUCGUGUACAGUCCAGAGACCCUCUAAUUUUGAGAACCUCUCACUUAUCAAGGAAGAGGAGGGGGGCCACAAUAUCACUGCAAUUAUUACUACCAUAACUACAUAUUUGGUAUGUAACAUUGACCAUGAACACAUCCAACAUUUGUGGCAAAUCUUGGCAGCCUACAGUGAAUCUCCCAUGAGACUUGAGAGAGACUUAUUGUUGACUAAAAAACCUGAAAUGGUAUAUAAAUAUCAUCAGAAGAAAAUGGGUGAGGAUGAACUACACACAAACAUUGAUGCUGAAAUCAAAGCCCUUCCUGCAUGGCUGAUGCAAGAGGAGGUUAGUUUGCAGCUCGACCGUACUACAACUACUUUUUCUACUCUCCAUAUCAAGUACCAGUCUGUCGUCAACCUAUGGGUGGAAAACACCAUGCCCAAGAAAGGCCACUAUUCCUGGACGAUGAUAAAGAAAAACAAUGAAACCAAAACUGAGCACACAGUAAUAGCAGGUGGCGUGGUUCAGUUGAGCUGUCAAGUCAGAGGAGACCCAAAGCCUGUGUUGGAAUGGAUUUUACCUGAUGGAAUUAAGGUGCCAGCCCCUUAUGCCAGUGGGGACAAUAGGAUCAUAAUCACAGCUGAAGGAAAGCUCACCAUUCGGGGUGCAGACACCUCAGACACGGGUCUUUAUCACUGCAUUGCCACCAACUACUUGGACGCCGACAUUUUGCAUUUUCGAGUGACAGUUCUGCCUCCUGAUGUGGAGGAGGCAGAUGUCAAUGGUGUCCAUGUAUCAAAGAAAUUAGGGGAAGAUAUUCUUUUUGAUUGCAUUAGCUCAGGAAGUCCAAAAGCCUCAGUGCAGUGGAUACUCCCAGACCAAUCUAUAUUAGACAGGUCUCAAGGAAAAAGAAAAGUGUAUGAGAAUGGCACCCUACUGAUUGAGAGCCUCACUCUGAGGGAUCGAGGAUUUCUUAGGUGUGUGGCUUCUAAUCACUUGGGAGUUGACCUCCUCGUUUCUCACGUGACAGCACACGUAAGCUCUGAAGUGGUGAGAGACUUUGAUAAUGACGGAUCAGGCAUGGAGAUAGAGAGCCAGGUGGACCAGACUUUAACUGACAUCACAAUGACCGUGAGCGAAAUCCCUUAUUACAAAUCAUCUGUCGGAGAAACUCAUGAAGCAUUAUCUAUCCUUUCAGAUCAAAGGCACCCUCGACUGAGGUCACAGGGCAAACAUACUUCAGGAGGUCGAAUAGGACAGAGGAGGUACCCAGUCAGUAACAGACGAGCAUAUGGCAAAAGGGUAUAUAAUAAAGCAAUUGGGAAAGUUGAUCCAAAGAAAUUUGCUGUAUUUAUGAAGAAGGCCCAAGAUGCAGAAAGAGAAAACACUAAUGACAGAAAGACAGAAAAAGAGUCCAAGACUGUUUUGUCAAAUCAUAAUGAAAUUGGCUCUGGUGAGGUACAAGAUGAUGAUCUAAUUUUGCUUGCUGUAGUUUCCACACAUAACCCUCAAGAAGGUGGCAUUUACAGAAUGGAGACCAAGGAGUCCGAAAUCGCAAACUCAAAAAACAGCCAUGGUGUAACAUUCAGUCCAGAAAGAGAAAAGAUAACAGAUUAUAUGUCAAUCCAUAAAUCUAUAUUUACAAGCAGUCCAAAGAAGAGAGAAGGAGAGAGCAUCACACCGUAUGACUUGAUUUCGCUCAAGCCAGACGUCUUUCGUUUUGAUGAAACUACAAGCCUUCACUCUCCCGAAAGAUUUCCUAAGCCUGAAAUUGUUAUAGAUUCUUCAGAAGAAACUCAGCUACAUUUCUCCAGAGAGCAUCCUUCAGAACCAGAGACAUCCACAGAAGGGUUCUCGUUUAACACUGAUCCUAAUUUUACACCAAUGAGGGACAGCACAGACCUCGUGGAGCUUUUAGUCCACACGGAUCCAGAAAGCCAAUCUACCAUCACAAGUGUCACUUCCACACAGAGACGUCAAGAAAUCACUUUCCAUACCACCCAAACAAUAAAAUCCCCACCUUUAGGUUCUACCAUAAUUUCCAAGCAGCACAUCCAUAUCAUCCCACACAAGAAAAGGAGAGGGGGUCGCAGAAGAGUGUUCCAUGGUCGGAGAAGAAUCGUUAAACCCAAUAGUAUUGCUGACAUACAAUCCAUUAUCAAUAAACUUAUACAGCCAUCUGAGCAGAAUUCUACGGUACCAUACAGAACUGAAAUGACAACAGGUAUGGAACUAUCCACACCUACUAUGCAAUUUGGGGCUAGAGAUAAAGUUGGCAACAAAAUAAUACGGGGAAGGCAAAGAAAGCCAAUUACUACUGAAACAUUAACUACUCCUCAGACUUCAACUGUAACCUUCACUACAUCCCCUGCUACCCUGCCCACCAUCACUACACACCUGCCAGCAGGAUCUGAGGCUCUACCACCAACCAUGAAAACAGAAACAAAAGUCUCUUUGUUUGAUGAUAACUAUGAAGAUUUAUUCUCAGCAGAUUUCGAACUGUCAUAUCUGAAGCCCACUGCACAGCCUUUAACUACAAUAGGACCAACAUACUACUCCAAGUCCUUCACCACUGUUGAUACACCACCAGAAUCACAAACUCUUGCCUCCCCGCCUACAGUCAAACCACCUCAAGGGCAAAAUCCUUUGAAAGAAUUUGAGUAUGGGUCAGGUGGGUUUACAGACGAUUUUCCGACAACCAGGCCAAACUCUGGUGAAAAGAGAGGGCACCAAGGACAAAGAAGGAGGCCAUCAAAGGGACACAGACCCUCAAAGAAACUAAAAACUGCUAAAUUGUAUCCAAUAAGUACAACUGAGACUUUUGUCAACAAGAAACCAACUAUGGAAACCACAGUCCCGACCACUUUAUUGCCCCAAAAGAGUGCCUCCAAAUCUCCAAUGUACACAUCAACAAGGGAUUUGAACAGAGUCUCAGGCACAUCCAAGCAGCAUACAUAUGCUUAUAAGAAAAUCGACUGGGGCAUUUCCUAUACUACCAGAACCCCGCUAUUCCUCUCAAACAUAAUGCCCACAUCAGAGAGACCUUACACAACUAUUCAAAGCAGAGUCUACAAUAAUUUAAGACCCCCAACACAGCGGUACAAUGGUCAAAAAGCAGCUCCAAGGAGACCUAGACCUACAGUACAAAGUGGCACCAGAGAGAGCAGAGAGAAAGGCAUUUCUUUUGGGACAAUGACCCGAUAUACAUCAGAACAAGACUACAUCUACACAUAUAACAGAAACAAUGUGAAAAAUAUCCCCAUCACAACCAGUCCCAAUGUUGCUAACACUCAACCAACUACUACAUUCAUGACCAAAAAACCCAAAAUACUUGGUGGCAAUGCAGCCAGCUUUACAGUUUUGACCAACUCCGAUGCCUUACUACCAUGUGAGGCUGUCGGAGACCCUCCGCCAGUGAUAUCCUGGAAACACUUGUCCUCAAGCACAGGAAACACCGUGACCAUCAAGGGGAGAAUGGGCAAGCUUGAGUUGUUGAGCAACGGGACAUUGUCAAUUCAAAAUACCAAUAUUAAGGACCAUGGCCAGUACAUCUGUGUUGCUGAGAAUGACCAUGGGUCCGAUAAACUUAUUGUCACCCUGUCUGUUGUAGCUUACCCCUCACGUAUACUAGAACCAAAAACGAGAGAGAUAAAGUCUCAUGCAGGCAAUACUGUAAAGAUUGAAUGUAAGGCAGAUGGUCGGCCCACUCCCACGAUAUCAUGGAUUCUAGCAAAUGGGACUCAAAUAAGAGAGCAAAGCACACCAGAUGGAAGAGUAUCAGUGAAUGCAGGUGGGAUUCUGGUCAUUAGACAAGUGUCUGGUUUUGACAGAGGUCAUUACAAGUGUGUUGCUAGUAACCCUGCUGGAGCUGAUACCGCUGCAGUCCGCCUGCAUGUGGUUGCUGCUCCACCAGGUAUUUCUGAGGAGAAACGGCAGCAGGUGAAAGCUGUUUCAAAACAAAACAUUUGGCUGCCAUGCACAGGUCAAGGUAGCCCUCAACCUAGCAUUCAUUGGGUGCUGCAUGACGGAUUGGUGGUCAAUCCACAAAGGUUUGCCUGGGACAAGAGGAUAUCUGUUUAUGAUAACGGAACUCUCCAAAUAAAGGAUGCAACACCAACCGACAAUGGCAAAUAUGAAUGUAUUGCAACCAGUUCUACUGGCUCAGAGAGAAGGGUGGUGACUCUGACCAUUGAAAGACAGGAAUCUGCACCUAAAAUAGUGCUGACCUCCCAACAUGUAACCGAGUUGUAUUUUGGAGAUCAGCUCAAACUAAACUGCUCAGCAACUGGAGAUCCUGAACCCAGGAUUAUGUGGAGGUUACCAUCGAAAGCAGUGAUAGACCAAUGGCAUAGGAUGGGUAGGAGAUACCAGGUUCUGAAAAAUGGUACACUAAUCAUCAAUUCUGUGAUUGAUAAAGAUACAGGAGACUAUCUCUGUAUGGCUAAAAGUGUAACUGGUGAUGAUGUUCAACUCAUGAACGUCAAGGUGUCAAUGAAGCCAGCUAAGAUAGAGCACAAGCCCCAUCGCAAGAAGAAAGUUCUGUAUGGUAAUGACUUGAAGGUUGAUUGUAAAGCCUCGGGGGCUCCAAAGCCAGAGAUCUCCUGGGGUCUUCCAGAUGGCACUGUUGUUAACAGUGCUUUGCAGGCUGAUUCCUUAAGGGGAGGAAGGAGAAUACGACGGUACACUCUGUUUGACAAUGGAACACUCUAUGUUAAUCAAGUUGGUAUGUCAGAGGAAGGAGACUACACUUGUAUUGCUGAAAAUCAAGUCGGAAAGGAUGAAAUGCACGUACAUAUAACUGUCGUGACUGCCGCUCCCAUGAUACGUCAAAACAGUGAGACCUAUGCCAGAUUGAAACCAGGAGAAAACAUCCGCUUUGACUGUGAAGGAGUUGGUGAACCCAAACCUAGGAUAUUGUGGAUAUUGCCCACCAAUGACAUCAUAGCAGCAUCCAAUGAACGCUACUUGUUGCAUGUAAAUGGCUCGCUGGACAUCAGAGGUGCAAAAGCAAUCGAUGGUGGAGAGUAUGUUUGUAUGGCUCGCAACCCAGGUGGUGAAAACAGAAGACUCUACAAACUUGAAAUUAGUGGUAACCCACCUGUGAUAAAUGGCAAUCAUCAGAAUAGAACUUUAUUAAAAGAGUUUUCUACUAAAUAUUCAAGGAAGCUCAUAGACUGUAAAGCUGAAGGCAAUCCAACUCCAACUACCACCUGGAUAAUGCCAGAUAACAUCUUUUUAAGGGCACCUUACUUUGGGGGUAGGAUUAAUGUCCAUCAUAAUGGGACUUUAGAAAUUCGGAACGUACGCCCUACUGAUACAGGCGAGUUUAUUUGCAUGGCAACAAAUGAUGGAGGAGAGUCAGUAUUAGUGGUACAACUUGAGGUGACCAAUAUGCUACGAAGGCCCAUUUUUAAAAACCCUUUCAAUGAAAGGAUUGUCUCUCCUCUGGGGAAAACCAACGUUCUUAACUGCUCUGCUGAUGGACACCCAAAGCCAGAUAUCAACUGGAUCCUACCGAAUGGAACGCGGUUUAUUGCUGGGCAUAAUUCCCAUAGACAUGCAGAAAAUGAUGGGACUUUCGUCAUCUAUAACUCGCGCAUUGAGGAUGCUGGGAAAUACCGUUGUGGUGCCAAGAACAUUAUGGGCUACAUUGAGAAGCUCAUCAUUCUGGAUGUAGGGCAAAAGCCUUACAUUCUUACAAGGCCAAGGGGCAUUGUACACAGUAUGUUCGGGGAUCCUCUCUUCAUUCAUUGUCUAUCAGAUGGAAGUCCAAAACCCAGAAUCUAUUGGACCCUUCCUGGGGGCCACAUGCUUAUGCGGCCUCAAGUCCUGGGACGUUACCAUUUGUUACAGAAUGGUACUUUAAUCGUUAAGGACACCACUCUCCAUGACCGAGGGAACUAUGUGUGCAGAGCUCGAAAUGAUAUGGGAGAGGCUGUGAUGACAGUCCCUGUUGUUAUCGUUGCCUACCCACCACGCAUCACUACAAUGCCACCUCCUACCUUGAGUUUAAUGGCAGGGACACCUAUUAAGCUCAACUGCGCUGCAAUUGGUGUACCUAAACCAGAAAUCACCUGGGAGCUUCCAGAUCAUUCCAUUCUGUCAAUGGCACAACAAAGUAAGCAGUUGGGAAGCCAACUGCUUUACCCUGAAGGCACGCUUAUUGUCCAGAGGCUCUCGGUCAUCAACUCUGGCACGUACAAAUGUGUGGCUAAGAACCAUCUGGGUACAGACCUGAAGACUGUAUAUUUGCAGGUACUGUAA